CUGCAGGAUUCCUUUACUUUAUUCCUGAAGCUGAAUUCAGAUCAGCAGUUACUUGGAGGUUUAUCUAAAUGUGCUCAAUCCCGCCUCCUGCAAGGCAGCCCAAGGAUCUCGGAUAGUAAAAUGGCUGAAAAGCAGAAACACGAAGGGAGGGUAAAAAUAGGACACUACAUCCUCGGAGACACACUUGGAGUCGGAACAUUUGGAAAAGUAAAGAUUGGGGAGCACCAGUUAACAGGACAUAAAGUUGCUGUCAAGAUCCUAAACAGACAGAAGAUCCGCAGUCUUGAUGUUGUGGGGAAAAUCAAGCGAGAGAUUCAGAACCUGAAACUCUUCAGACAUCCACACAUUAUCAAGCUGUAUCAGGUUAUCAGCACCCCUACAGAUUUCUUUAUGGUGAUGGAGUAUGUGUCCGGCGGGGAACUCUUUGACUAUAUUUGUAAGAAUGGAAGGGUGGAGGACACAGAGGCCAGACGUCUUUUCCAGCAGAUCAUCUCAGCGGUAGAUUACUGUCACAGACACAUGGUGGUGCACAGAGACCUCAAGCCUGAAAAUGUUCUGCUGGACGGCAACAUGAAUGCCAAGAUCGCUGACUUUGGUCUGUCAAACAUGAUGUCAGAUGGAGAAUUCCUGAGAACGAGCUGUGGAUCACCAAACUAUGCUGCACCAGAGGUCAUCUCAGGAAGACUGUAUGCUGGUCCAGAGGUGGACAUCUGGAGCUCUGGUGUCAUUCUCUAUGCACUGCUGUGUGGGACUCUGCCCUUCGACGACGAGCACGUGCCCACCCUCUUCAAAAAGAUCCGUGGAGGAGUCUUCUACAUCCCAGAAUACCUCAACCGUUCAGUGGCCAAUCUGCUCAUGCUCAUGUUACAGGUGGACCCGCUGAAAAGAGCCACCAUCAAAGACAUCAGAGAGGACGAAUGGUUUAAACAGGACCUGCCCGGCUACCUCUUCCCCGAGGACCCCUCGUACGAUGCCACGGUCAUAGAUGAAGAAGCCGUGCGAGAGGUUUGUGAGAAGUUCGAAUGCACAGAAGCUGAAGUUCUCAGCAGCCUCUACAGCGGCGACCCUCAAGACCAGCUGGCCGUGGCGUACCACCUCAUCAUUGACAACCGGCGGAUCAUGAACCAGGCCAGCGAGUUCUACCUGGCCUCGAGUCCUCCGACCGGAUCCUUCAUGGAGGAGGGCAUGCCCCUGCCACCAGGGGUCAAACCUCACCCUGAGAGGAUGCCACCGCUACUGGCUGACAGCCCCAAGGCACGGUGCCCCCUGGAUGCCCUCAACACUACCCGACCCAAACCGCUUGCGGUGAAGAAGGCGAAAUGGCACCUGGGUAUACGGAGCCAGAGCAAACCCUAUGACAUCAUGGCUGAGGUUUACCGUGCAAUGAAACAGCUGGAGUACGAGUGGAAGGUGGUGAACCCCUAUCACCUGAGGGUGCGGAGGAAGAACCCUGUAACAGGAAAUUUUGUGAAGAUGAGUCUGCAGUUGUACCAGGUGGACAAUCGUAGUUACCUGCUUGACUUUAAGAGCAUUGAUGAUGAUGUAAUCGAGCACAAGUCAGGCUCAUCCACUCCCCAGCGCUCCGGUUCUGCCGCCGGUCUCCAUCGUCCACGUCUCAGCAUCGACUUUGCAUCCGCAGCGGUUGAAAUGCCUCAGCUCAGCAGCUCAUUGCCGGGGUCGCUGACCGGGAGCUCACCCAUGCUGGCACCGCGGCAGGGUAGUCACACCAUGGACUUCUUUGAAAUGUGCGCCAGCCUCAUUACAACCUUGGCUCGCUAAGUUCCCUGCAAGCUCACAACUAAACGUAACGUACACAACAAAAAAUGCCAUCGCCUGCUUGGUAAACAGAAGGUGAAGGGUUAAGGGAUUGUAAUUUCUAGAAGGGAAGGUACAAUCUCACAUUUGACCAAUAAUAGCACACUCUCACAAAAACAUAUGCGUAUCCAAAUAGUGUUUGGACACUUAAGACCACACUUGAGUGUCAUUGCAAUAGUGGCAUCUGGAAACAAAUGACGUUAGAGUUUAGCUUAAAAGUAUAAUGUGUUUUAUUGACAUCUAGUGGUGACAUUGCGAAUUGCAACCAACCUCAAUUUCGAAACGCAAUGAGAAGCUACGGUAGCUGACAGAAGACAAACACGUAUAACAGUUUGUCCGUUUAGUGCGACUGUAGAAACAUGACACAACUUCCAUGUAGGGAGACCUGCGGUGUAUGUAGAUAAUAGAAACAAUACAGUUCAUUAUGUAAGGUCUUUAUACACCACUAAUAAUAUAGUUAUGUAUAUUAUAUUGCAUUUCUAUUACGAGAUCCUUUUAAAAGUUACACAAUGCACCUUUAAAGCUAUCUUUUGCACACCAAAUAGCCUCAAGGUCAUUUAUUUGGGAGAUUCAAAAUACUUUUGUCUUCAUUUUGCACAGCAUAAAUAGUGUUUAUCUUUAAAACCUUUAUUUAAUUUUUUAAGGUAAGUGUCCAAAUACUUUUUGGGUCCACAGUGCAAGUUCUUCCCAUUUUCAGUGGGUUAAAGAAUUUAGAAACGAAAACAUAAUGAUGGUUUUAUAUGCACAUUUCUUUUGAUAAUACUAAUUAUUCAUAUGUAUUAUACAUUAUAUUUAUAUGAUCUUAUCACUUAAAUUAUAGUUUAGUUGACAUACCAAAAAAUAGAUUUAUUCCUAAAGAUUUAGUACCGAUACUCAUUAUUUUGUUUAGGCUAGCUAUUAUUUUAUAGAGUGAACUUAUGAGUGUUGUGGACUUGGCUUGCAGUCCCUUAAAGGGAUAGUUCGGCCAAAAAUGAUAUUAAACCCAUGAUUUACUCACCCCAUCGUUUUUCAGACAAACACA